AUGAGCACUACGGUUAAUCAAGCUUUACUUGACCGGAAUGUUUCAGACGUCUAUGAGCAAGGAAUCGAGGUUGUUUGUGCCUGGCCUGUAUCAGGACAAUAUGGGCCAGGAUCUAGGAUCCUAUAUUACGUCCUCAUAGCAGCCUGUGUGCUUGCCCGGAAAGCGGAGUGGAUCAAGAACGCCUGUCUCGCUGCCGCGUUGUUGUUUCCAGCGGUUGCGGCACUCCACGGCAUUGCCUUGGCAGCUUUCCACCGCGACGGGGCCGUCGAUUUAGACAUCUAUGGCGCGUUUCAACUGUGCGCAAUCGGCAUCCUGGCUGCUCCUGUAACUGUUAGGUUGUCACGAACAUAUUUCAAUGACCCGGGCCGCAACGCCAUUUUCCUCUGGGCUGGUCUCAUCUUGGCAGGACUGCUUGGCUUAACCGUGGAGUUUUACAGAGCAGUUCCCACGACAUGUUAUAUGGAUGAUCAAGGCAGGGCAUUGUCCGGGGAUCCCCAUGAUUUCCCGUAUGAUGCACAACCCGCCUGCAACAUGACUUGCAAUACCUCCCCUGCGGGACCACAGUCGCCUAUGCGAGGUGGAGCCGCAAACAACAUAUACCUGAUCCCAGCACCGAGCAAACUUUCGUUUGGUACAGGAACCCUUCUGUGCGCCACAUGCUGCGUCCACGCUAUCCUUUGGCUGGCAUCCAUGAUGGACAAAAUCUUGGAAAUCAACUGGAAGUCUAGAUUUGGCAUCAACGACGAUAUUCGCAGCGAACCGAUCAAAGGCACAAAUGGCGCCACUGUGGGCAAGAUGAACGAUGUCAAUGAGAUAAUCAGAUUCUUCAUUAGCGUUGCCAUAGUUCCGAUAUUUACGGCCGCUGGGCUGGCCGUGCUGAUUGUCGGCGAAAUCAAUUUCUUCUCGUACCAGAUGAGAUACCAGAACGAGCCAAUGGCAAGUAUUGGGCAGUGGGGUCCGAUUGUUGGAACAGGCAUCGCAAUUGUAGGAUCCUUGUAUCUUCUCCUAGCGGCAGAUAUUGAAGCCGCAUUGCAUGGGCCGAGCGAUAAUGAAAAGGGAUGCGAACAUGAAUGUCCGAAACAUUCCUCCCAUGCGCCAACGGAGGAGCAAAUCCUUCCGCCUUCCCACUCACUUGACGAGACAGACACAGUGGACGAGACGUUGCGCAGCUUCUCCAGGGAUAAAGGUGGUCGUCUCAAGGGCAAAAUUAACGGUCUCUCAGUCACGGGGAACUCGAAGACUACUUCGGCUCAUGGACUGAGCGGAAGUCGACGCAAAGCCGCAGAUGCACUGAUUGCCUGGAGCGGCCUAUUAGGCCAAGUAACCCACGAUUCUUUCGAUCUAAGCAAAUUUAGAGAUGGAGCUGCUCUGGACUUUCCGGAGAUUCCAGGAGAGAAGGAAAGAAAUAGAAACCUGGCACACGUCAAAGAGCUGUACAGUAAACGGCUGCAAGCAGAUGGAACUCCUGCUCGACCCCCCAUCACCAUGGCCUGCACGCCGAGCACACCCAUCGCCUUCUCCAGCACCCUCGUCGUCUCGUCUACGAGCAAGUAUGCCGCCGGCCGAAACAAGCUCGCGUGA